AUGGUUGACUUCACGAGUAGUCGGUCAACGAUAUUUAGACGGCGAGAAAUCGUUUACAGUGAGGAAUAUGAUUUUCUAGGUUCCGGAGGGUUUGGUAUCGUCUAUCGAUGUCGGUUGGCGGAGUCUAGGAAAGUAGCGGCGGUCAAAGUUCUCAAAAUGCGACACAGACUGCGGCAAACGGAAGAAAAUACUUUCGUUCGAGAGGCAAGCAUAUUACAACAGCUUGUUGAUUGCCCGUAUAUCAUUCGUUUCUUGGGCUUGUGCAUCGACCCUGGACAUUAUGCGAUUGUUAUGGAAUACGUGGAGUUUGGAGAUUUGGAGAACAUGUUGCUUUCUGAAGUAGACGACCAUCCGGUCUUGAAGCAAUGGAGGUGUCGCAUUUGCAUGGCUCUAGAACUUGCCAAAGGGAUGGACUAUUUACACAGUCUGCAACCACCGAUUAUUCACAGAGACUUGAAGACAACGAAUGUGUUGGUGGGUCGCAACUACCACUGUAAAAUCAUUGAUUUUGGGCUGGCCACAAUUCGAGAUAUUUCAACACAAUCAACAGGAAACACGAUGGAAGGAACGUUAGCAUUUACUGCACCUGAAAUAUUUAGUAGAACAGUUAAGAGGGAGAAGGAAAAGAAAGUUGAUGUUUACGGAUAUGCAAUGAUUCUUUGGCAGUUGAAGGAAAUGAAGACACCCUAUGCUGGUGAGUUACCUUUUGUCACACGAGUCAAUGUUCUGGCUGGUCAGAGGCCUUUACUAAGUGACGAUGACUGUGUAGAGGGAUAUAGAGAGAUCAUUGUACGUUGCUGGGAUGGACAACCUGACUGCAGACUACACUUCAAAGAGAUCGUAACUAUGAUGGAUGGAAUCAUGAGCAAAAUUGGCACGGCAGCAUUGACACCAUCGCCUGAUAGAGAUGCUACAGCAUUUGGUAUCACUGCAUCAUUUGACAGUGCAGAUCUCAAGCUCCAAGCUAGUUUGCCGAUCGAGACUAGGUCGUCCAGUCCAGCAAAUCUCGAAGAUUUUGUGAGGGCAGCUGGUGAUGGCAAGCUACUACAGAUGAUGAAGGCUCUUUGCCAGCUGAACGAUCUGAACCAGCAGGACUCCAACGGAGACGUAGCACUUUGCCAAGCUUCUAGAGGUGGACAUCACGAUAUCUGCUCUAGGUUGGUGAUGGAGUACAAAGUAAAUGUCAACGCCAGAGACUCGCAGGGAAAAAGUCCUAUCCAUCACGCUGCAGCAUGCGGACACGACAAGGUCGUAGAGCUGUUCGUUGACAAUGGAGCCACCGUUGACGUCAUAGACGACGAAGGGUGGAGUCCUCUACACUAUGCGACUCAAAGCGGAAGUCUGAACUCUGUUCGAGCACUUCUUAGGAAAGGAGUACCGUUGAACGCGCAAACUGCAAACGGAGAUACGGCAACGCACUUAGCAGUGCUAUCAAGCGAAUUCUCGCCUGAGGUACUCAAACAACUGAGUGGGUGGCCGGGAGUGAAAUUAGAUCUAAAGAACAAAGAAGGCGAGUCUGCACUAGAUGUGGCCAAGAGAACUGGAAACAGGCAAGCUGUCGAACAUCUUGAUACCUCAAGCUUGUGUGAAACACCAACUUUGAGCAAAAGACAAGAAAUCAUUCAAACUUCUGUGCAGUUGUCUGUUAGUAAAGUAAGCCGUCCUACUGCAGUACCUAGACGUAACAAGCCCACAAUAAAACCACGACCAGCCACUUGGAUUUCAAGUCCGGAGCGCAACACUGUUGACGGAUCUCGUCUUUUGUCACCUGGAGUACUCACUUACGUCAAGAGCAAGUGGACGUCGUUCAGUGUGAUAGCCAUAGCGCUUGGAACGUUUCUAGUUGCGCUCUGGCUACACAGUCCUCUACUGGAGUUUGCUGCGACCGGCACUCUUAUCUUGCUGGUGCUGCUAAGAUUUCUGUUGAAUUCGAUUUCAAGUGGUGAACGUACAGGUGAGCAACAUCGUUGGUGACUCUAGAGAGAUAGACAGUGGCGUAGAAAGAUGUUCGAGCGGGGGAGGGGGCUGGACCGUCGCGAUGAGUACGCAAAAACUACUUGGCUUAAUUGUCAGACUGUAAGCAGAUUUGCAAAGUUAGACAAUUUCAAUUCCUAAAUACUAAAGAGGGGGCUUUCGUUUCC